UCAGGCGGGCAGUCGCCAUUACAGCCGCGGUUACAGUUGUCUGCCCCUUCACGGGAGCAGAGGGGAACCCCACACCGACCAGUCCCGUGAGUCCCCCAGGGCUCGCACCAUCCGGGUCCAGCCCGUUCCCGGUGCUGUGGGGCCGCUGCUCCCGUCCAGGACUCCUUCCCCCGCACUCGUCUCCUCCGGCCGGGCCCGCUGUUCUCCGUUCUGUGCUCUGUAGGGCCGCAGCGCUCAGAUCCCGACUCCUCCGGUGGAGCCCCGCGCUCCCGCUCCAGCCCCGCACUCUUCUCUCCGGCUUCUGUGUUCCUUUUUUCUUUUCUUUCUGGUUGGAGAUCAAGAUGUCGCCAUGAAUCCCGCUCUCCGUUGUCCGCAGCGUCUGAACGCCAUGCUCUUGGCUUCACACCGGCCCCUGCACGGUGCUUCUCCCGCCCUCCCCGCGGUCUAUGCCGCUGAGCUCAGCCACAGACAUGGAGCCCGGAUCCAGCAACGGCAGCAAGACCCAGAACCGCUCGGGCUCCGCGGGGCCUUCCGGGGAUAAGCCCAAGAAUGAUGGAAAGAAUGGCAGUAGCUCAAAGCAGCGAUAUAACCGUAAACGUGAAAACACUUACCCCAAAAAUGAGAGCUUUGCCGGACAGACCCGCCGCCCCGGUCCACAGAAAAGCAAGACUUUUAACAAGGUUCCCCCUCAGAGAGGAGGAUCAAAACAGUACAUGUAUGGCAGAAGAGAAGAGGUAGCAGAAACUCAACGGGCAGAGUUUAGCCCAGCCCAAUAUUCAGGACCUAAGAAAAUAAGCUUGAACCACUUGUUAAACUUUACGUAUGAACCACGUGGGCAUCCUGGAGCUCAUAGAGAUGGACAUGGAAAUUGGGGCAGAAGAAACAAGUGGGGGAAUAAACCUUUUAACAAGGAGUUGUUCCUGCAAGCCAAUUGCCAGUUUGUGGUGUUGGAGGAUAAUGAUUAUAGUGUACAUUUCACUGAUCCAGACACACUUGUCAGCUGGGAUCUGGUGGAGCAAGUGCGCAUCCCUUGUCAUGAAGUGCCAUCUUGUCCUAUAUGUCUAUAUCCUCCGGUUGCUGCGAAGAUCACUCGAUGUGGACAUAUCUACUGCUGGGCUUGUAUAUUGCACUACCUGUCGCUAAGUGAAAAAGACUGGAGUAGAUGUCCAAUUUGUUACAGCUCAGUCAUUAAAAAAGACCUGAAAAGUGUUGUCACAACAGAGCGACAACUGCAUGUUGUUGGUGACACCAUUACAAUGCAGCUGAUGAGAAGAGAGAAGGGUGUGUUGGUGGCUAUGCCCAAAUCUAAGUGGAUGAAACUGGAUGAGCCUAUUCAUCUGGGAGACGAGGAGCAUACCCUAUUCUCAAAGCUUCUUCUAGCAUCAAGAGACCAGAUCCUCAGCCAAGUGAUAUCUGAGGAGAAGGCUGCACUACUAGAGCAGUACAGUAUUGAGGGGAAAACCCCAGAAGCCUGUUUUAUAGAAGCUGCCAUUCAGGAGCUGAAGGAUCGUCAGGAAAGUCUUCAGGCUCUGAGACAUGAAGUUGAAGCAGCUGCUGUCUCUAUGGAGGCUUUGACGUUGGAUACAGACAUAGAAGAGAGGAAGCCAGGCGGCUAUGAUAUUAAGGUGGUGCAGUACCUCUCUGCUUUUGAUGAGGAAACCAUUGAUCCACUAGAUAAGGAACUUUGUGCAGCCACAAAUCAAGCGACUGUGGAACCUGUGUCUGCCGAGGCCUGUGAUUUAGCCCCUUCAGAUGAUUCAACUCUUACUGCAGACAGCCAUCAGGAAGAUGUUCCUUUGGAAUCUGGACAACUUGCAAACCCGCAUUACUACUACUUUUACCAAGCUGUGGAUGGACAGCAUGUGUAUCUCCACCCUGUCAAUGUUCGCUGUCUGGUUCAUGAAUAUGGCAGCCUUGAAAGAUGUCCAGAAACUAUAACCGCUUCAGUGGUUGAAAUUGAUGGCUUCACAGUGACUGAGGAGGUGCGUAGGCGUCACCGUUACCUGUGCCAUCUUCCACUUACCUGUGAAUUCAGUAUUUGUGAGAUGUCGCUUGGACCCCCAGCUGUUUCGCAGGAAACUCUAACAUACUUUUCCGAUGAAGUGGAGAAGAGAAAAAGGCAACGUCAGCGGAAAGCUAGAGAUGAAAGACGCAGAGAGAAAAGAAUUGAGAUUGAAGAGAACAAAAAGCAAGGAAAAUAUCCUGAGGUGCAGAUUGCGCUUGAAAAUCUCUACCAGUUCCCUGCAGUCAGUUCUGCAACAGAAUCCACAGUGCCUGGUUCACUUUCUUUGCUGCCUGCUGCAGAAACUCCAAGUUCUUUAACACCUUCUCCAUUGAGCUGUAGCCCUACCUCUCAAUCCAGCUCUAAUUUUGGUCACUGUCCAGAAAGCCCCCUCGAUUUCCAUGGAAUCUGUGAGGAUGAUGGAAAGUCUCCUUCCUUUGCUCAGAUGCUAAGGGUUGGCAAGGCAAAGCCAGAGUUGUGGCCAAAGGUUUCAGUAAAGAAAGAAAAUCCAGUUAUGAGCACAGCCCCUGCAGACAGUGAUGGGGAGAGUGACUGUUCUGAGCGAGUCCCAGUACCAAGCUUCCAGAACUCAUUCAGUGAAGCCAUGGAGGCAGCCUUUCUAAAGCUAGACACUGCACUUCCAACUCCACCAUUAUCUGUUGAGAAAGGAGGAAAGAGAAAGAAGAAGCAACAGAAACUUCUGUUCAGUACAUCUAUGGUUCACACAAAAUAAGCAACCACUUCAAUUUAUUCUAACUUCCCUUCAUAUUUGCGCACAUUGCUUGGUAUAACAUUAAAACUUUCUGCAGUAUUUAUGGUUGGAAAUUUUUUUUUCUUCCUUUCCCCCUUAAUUUGGUCACCAACUCAGGGUGGGCUAUUUUUUUCUUUCCCUCCCCCAAGUAGUUCAUCUGGUCUUGGGCAAUUUUUGCUUUCAGUGCUUGUCCUGGCUCAUGAACUGUAGGGCAGAAUGUUAUCAAUGAGGAAUUUACUAACUAACACGUUGGCCCUGAUUUAUGAAGAGUGGAUUGUAGUUUUCUUUGUGGGUUUUAAUUGCCUCCAAAUGUUUUUUUUUUUUUUACCCACGGUAUUUACCAAGGUUUCCCUACAUUUCUCGGUUGCUCUUCAUUGGGGCACACAGGCACUAAUGGGUAUAUGCUCUUUCCACUAGGCGCUGACACUAGGAAAAAAGUCAGAUCCUACUACUGUAAGCGAGGUAGUUUUAGCUAGUGUCAGUAGGAGGCGGUUUAGCUCUUCUUCUCCGGCACCCAUCCCUGCAGUCUUUACAUGUGGCUACUCUGCUGGAGGGACUGCAGUGCUGCUCUGCCCCUACAGCUAUAGUGCCAAACGGCGCAGACGGCCACAGUCUUAUCCCCCUGCUUCUCCCGCAGUAUUCAUUAGCACACCAUGUCUGCACACUGCGCAGCUGCCGGCCCUUUCCAGAGUCGGCGUCCCGCGUGCGCUCCCAUGCAGUCCACUGGCGCUUCUCUGGAGCGUUUUUGCUAGCGGGGUUUAUUCCUUCCCUCUCCCCCUGCUGCUCUGCCAUCGGACUUAUACUGUGUAUAGGGGACACUCUCAGCAGCACAGAUCUUCUCCUUGGCCUUGUAGCCAUGGAAAUGAAAUGUGUGUUUGUGUGUGUGUAUAUGUAUGGAUAUAUAUGUGUGUUUUAUAUCAUAUAAAUUUUUGCCCCCUUGUGAUCGUCACAUGUAUUGCAGCUCCUGUUUUUAUUCCUACCAAUGAGCUCUCUGGGGAGGGUCGAUUUAAUCUUGGCACAAUUUUGGUAGUACUUUUAUUUUUUAUUUUUUUUACUCCACAUGACUUACCUCGGGUCCGCAAGGUUCCCCGGGUUACUCCCUUAUGGACGGAGUUAUGGUCCUUCCCUCUGUUUCUGAGAAUUGGGACUUCUUUUGCCCCUAUCCUUUUUUCCUCUGGAGGGGACCUUAUGCGACACACCGUGGCAGGUCUUUGCCAAGGAUGCAUGUUCCCUUGAGACAUACUGGGGAUAAAUUCUAUGACCAUGCCAUGUCCGCUGCACCCGCGGCCAAUUUCCAGUUCCACCAUACGAGGGCAGACCACCGAUGGGGUGCCCCAACCGGUGCCAAUACAUUUCUAGCAGAGGGACCCUUCCGAAGUGUUCCCUCCUCUAUGCCUGAGCCUUCUUUGCCACCCCUGUGCCUUAUGUUCAAUCACCAGCUUUCGCAGCCAGGGCACUCUCCUCUGCUGGGGGAGUUUAUAAGUCUUGUGUGAUUCGGCCAUAGCCGGUCUGACCGCCAUCUGUUGUAUGGUUCCUGCCUUUGCUCUCAUCCAUCCAGCGAGUUCUCACCAGGAAAGAGUUGUCCAUCCUUCCAUUUAACAUUUACGCGGCACUGACACACCAGUCUUCUGGGGUGACCUUCAUGUACCCUGACCCUGGGAGUCUCAUCUGGGCUCCCUCUCUAUUCCUCCCCUGAUGGGUUGUUGUUUUUGGGGUCUUCUGAUCUGUUUGUUUGGUCCGCUGGGUCCAAGGCUUGUUCUCCUUGUCAAUCCCCUAUUUACAAGUGUGGGGAGUUUUUUUUUUUUUUUCUCUUGUUGGGACCCCUCCUAGGCGGCAGUGGUGUGCCUUGAUCUCUGGGAUGGUUUUCACUUUUUCCUGGGGCCUUUGUAAUGUGGUGGUCUCGGGCAUGUGUGACACUCCUGUCCAGUUCUUCUUCGCAAUCCCCUUUUGUGGGGCGGUCUCUCUGAGCCACAUUACGUGUUAUCCCAACAUGGCAGUACGUCUCCUGGAGCUUUCCGCUUAAUAUAGGAAUGCUCACACUUUACAGGUGUGGGGUUUCCAGGAGACCUAAGAGCUCCGGUAUUCCGGGAUGCUCUUCUCAGGACGUUCAGGUCCUUGUCCGGCUGGUUUACUUCUCGUUCAGGUCAGCCGGAUUUCGCCAUUCGGGCCAACUUGACCCUAUGCGUGGAUGUCAUUCCCUCAUUGCGCUUUUUACUGCUGUUCCGGCUCUGUCAUACGCUGGGUCCACUCUUCCUCCCCUCAUGGUAACCCUGAGACGGUAAUCUGGAACCUGAAGCUUGUCAGUCCUGGUCAUCGGUUAGAUGCAUCAUGUCUCUCGGCAUGGUUUCGUCUCUUCCUUUUUCCAGAUGUUUCUGGCCUCCAUUUUUUCCGUGCUCUCCUUCUUCCUGGUGUAUGUUGCUCUCCCUGGCGUUUUCUCGCCCUAUUCUCUUCAAUCGGCUGGAUGGGGUUCUUGUUGCCCCCCCUUUUUUUUCUUUGUACCAGUCGGGCUAGUCCUCUGUCUGGUUCCGUAGUUUCCUUUGGAAUUGUUUCCUCUAUCCUUCCUGGGUGGUGGAGCUUCCAGACUCUGGGUUUCCAGGCUCCGGAUCUCGCCAGCAAGCCUUGCAGGUGGAUGGGGUUCAGUCUCUGGACUGUGUCCCCUUCUCUGGUGGUUGUUGUUUCCCACCCCAGGGACUGCUUUAGUACGUCCCAUCAGUGUCUGUGUCCCCCAAUGAAGAGUGACCAAGAAAAGGAGUUUAUUUUUUGUACUCACUGUAAAAUCUUUCUCAUAGCUUUCAUUGGGGGAGACUGCACCCACCCAUUUCUUUAUUUCUGGUCCGGAUAAUCUUUUCCGGUUUUUAUCCGGGAUUCCUUUCUAGGGUCCUUCAGACAUAUCUCUUGUUGGCUACUGCUUUGUGACAAAACUGAUUACCUCCCUUCCAGUGGGUGGGUGUAUCCAGCCAGGGAGGAGCUGAAUUUUUUUUUUCCUAGUGUCAGCACCUCCUAGUGGCAAGAGCAUAUACCCAUCAAUGUCCCCCAAUGAAAGCUACCAGUUUUUAUUUUUUUUU